GGGGAAUUUGAUAAUGGUAAAAUGAACAAGUUUUUGCUGGAGAAAGAAUUUCGUAAAGGGUGAACAAAAUAUGAAAGUAUAAAAGGGGAUUUAGCAGUUGGGACUUCAGUGCACGUUGGGAAUUCUUCGGUGAACAAUGAAGGCUUUUAUUGUGCUUUGUCUAGCUGUUGUAGUCCUCGGCUAUACCGAUGCUGAUGAUGUCCAUCAGAGAUCGAAACGGGGAUUUUACGAUAUAAAAACCAUCAGUGUUCCCAAGCCCUAUCCCGUAUACAUUCCCAAGCCGUACCCGGUGAUCAAGCAUGUGCCUAUUAAAGUCCAAGUUCCAGUAAAAAUAACUGUACCCAAACCCUACCCGGUUCACAUACCUAAACCGUAUCCAGUCCAAAUCACCAAAACCGUCCAAGUACCAGUAACCAGGACCGUGCAGGUACCAGUCAAAGUUCCCAUUCAUGUACCUUACGCUGUCAAGGUACCCUACGCGGUACCCAAACCGUACCCAAUUGAAAUCGAAAACCUGAAAGUGGUUAAAGAGUCCUAUCCGGUGGUAAUCGAGAACAAAGUACCAUAUCCGGUAAUUAUUGAUAGGGGACACCAUGGUUAUGGUGGUGAUGUCCAUGGAUGGUAGGUCUACCGGAGCUCUUUGGAACUAGCUUUUGUAUAUUUUUAUUUGUUAACUAGUUUGUAACGAUGUAUUGUAAAUCUUGUUUGAAUACCUCAAAUUGUUUUCUACUUCUCAUUAAAUAGUAUCGUGUACUUUACUGUA